AUGAUGUUUACAUUACCAGAUGUAAGAAAACAAGAGACUGGUCUUAAAAAAUAUUUGGAAUUUUUCGAUCUCAGAUUUCCUCGUGUUCAAGAAGAAAAGCAUUUCCAGUCAUAUUACUAUUACACCUAUGCAAAACAAAUCAGAAUUUCAAUAGUAUUCCUAAUUGCAGUAUUUUUUAUAGGAACAAUGGUGGCAUACCUAUCACCUUUAAAUAUAACCUAUCUACCUUAUUAUGACAGCCCCAACAUUUAUUUUUUCAACUAUGUUCCAAAUAAUGAUAGUAGCAGCAGUAGUAGCAGUAUCAGUAUCAGUAAUAAUAAUAUAAAUAAUAACUAUACAGAAGCAGAUGGUCAUAUAGAUGAUAAUCAUUAUUUCCCAUAUUUAGCAAAUAAGAAAAGAGAUACAUUCAUUCUUAGAAUGGCUACAAUAGGUGCUCUUUUGAUGUAUUUUGCAUUUACUUUUACACCAAAUUUCAAAAAACUUUGGAAAUUUUUUAAUACUCUGGCACUAUUUUUAGCUUCGUGUAUAGUUUUAAUUUUUGAAAACGAUAUAAGAACAAUUCCAGGUAGAAUGAUACUAUUAUUUGUUAUUAUCUCAAUUUCAUCAGGAAUGACGUUUUUACCAACAAUUAUCUCAUCAGGAAUUUUAGGUUUAUUUUAUUUCCUAUAUUUUAUACUUUAUACUAAAAUUAAAGGAAAAGCAAUGGUAUUGAUAUCGUUGGUAUUAUUAGUCAGUUGGAUUAUCUUAAUGUUAAUUUCAAGAUAUAGAGAACAAUUAUUUAGAGAUAAAUUUAGAACUUUAGAAAAUUUGAAAAUUCAAACCAUGAGAUCUGAAAAAAUUAUUAAUCAAAUGUUACCAGCUGUAGUAGUACAAAGAUUAAGAUUACAAUCGUCAAAAGAUCAAUCAUUAGAAACCAAUUUAUCACAACAACAACAACUACAAAAAGAUAAAAAGAAAGAUAAAAAAGAAAAUAGUAAUAAUAAUAAUAAUAAUGAAAUUUGUUUAACCCCAGUAAAUAAUAGAAAGAAUAGUUUAGUUGUAGAUCCACAAUCACCAUCAUCAUUACAACCAGGUCAAUAUUCAGGAACCGAGUUAAUUGUUGAUAGUUAUGAUCCAGUUACAGUUUUAUUUUGCGAAAUAGUGAAUUUUAAUGCUUUAGUAGAAAAAAUGUCAUCAGCUCACGUUAUUAAUCUUUUAAACGAAGUUUACAAUUCAUUUGAUAGAUUGACAGAUGUUUAUGGUGUCACCAAGGUUGAACACAUUGGAAAUGUUUAUAUGGUUGUAGGUGGAUGUCCUGAACUAUGCCCAGAUCAUGCUCAACGUGUUGCCCAUAUGAGUUUGGGUAUGUUAUCUGUAAUUCGUAGAUUUGGUAUUGUUCAAGUACGUAUUGGUAUGCAUACAGGUCCAGUAGUUGGUGGUAUUAUUGGUAAAAAGAAAUUAAGUUGGCAUUUAUUUGGUGAUACAAUUAAUACAAGCUCACGUAUGGCAAGUCAUAGUGUUAUUGGUAAAAUUCAAGUUAGUCAUCCAGUUCAACAAUUACUUCGUCCAUAUUUCCUUUUUGAAGAUAGAGGUAAAAUUCAAAUAAAGGGCAAAGGUUUAAUGAGAACCUUUUAUUUAAUCAAAACCAAACAAUUGGAUAAGCGUUACACCUCAAUCUUUUCAAGUUUACAUCGUGAAAAACCAUAUAUUCCACCAGUCGAUAUAUCUGAAGUUAGUUUUGAUAAGCCCGAAGAAUCAUCAAGCAAUACAACAGCAUCAGCAAUUCCCCAAAGAAUCAGUGUUGAAAUGCCACCAAUGCCAAAUAGCGCACGUAGAGAACGUAAAGGUAGUAUUUUUGCCUCAGUAAUGCCUCCAAAAGUUUUAAAUUUCCUUCAAACUGGUUCAUUGUCAUCACCAUCAAACUCUUCAAAUAAUUUAACAAAUCUAGCGAAUGGUACCGAAACUGCAUCAGGUAGUAGCGGUACUACUGGUAGCAAUGUAAGCGGUAGUAAUGUAAGCGGUAGUGAAACCAAUACUGUAGCAUCACCAAGAUUCUCACACCCACAACUUCAACACAGUAAUAGUACAGGUUCAUUAAGUAGUUUAAUGAUGAAUAAUAACAACAAUAGUCCAAAUGGAAUCGACAAGAAAAAAGGUGUACAAUUUCAUACACCAAGCGGUACACUUUCAAAAGGCACUUUUGGUAGUGUAAGAUCACCAUCACCAGCAUUGUUUGAACAAUUUGCGAUGGAUGAUGAAAUGAAUGAAAAUGAUCUUUCAGUCGUUAAUACACCACAGGAGCAAAAUUUAUAUUUAGGCAAAGGAAUUCAUGGCUCAAAUGUUAUAGCUACAAACAAUUCAAAAUUAACACAACUCGAAAAAGAAUUAACCAUACACUAUACUUUAAAUAAAUUUAGAUUAUCGUUUAUUUCAAGAGGUAACUUGGUUGAACAGGAAUACAGCAACGAAUAUAUCACAAAUAACUUUAAUAGAAUUACAAUGUCAAUGCUUCUAGUUAACGGUCUUUUUGCUUUAGGUGGUCUUGUCGACUACUUUUUUUUAAAAUUUUCGUCCAUUUCCUCUGUGGUCAAAACCGAACCAAAUAAUAAUAACUCUACCAUUAUCACUCAAGAUUUUUCAACAUCAUCAAUAUACCACAAUGACCGUGAAGAAGAAAACGAAAUCUAUGAUAUAAUUACUGGUAUUCGUUAUGGUUUAGUAUUUUUUUGUUUAAUUUUUAUUUAUAUAAUUUCAAAAUUCAAAUCUUUUAAAAUUAAAAAACAUGUUCAAUUAAUAGCAGGUUUAUUUUUUAUAUUUAUAACGGCAAUGAUGUUGGUUUUAUCAAGUAUCCCACCAUUAAAUAAUUUACCAAACGAUACAUUAGCAUUGUCAAUUAUAAUGAUGAUUAUUACUAUAGGUUACAAUUUAUCAGGUAUUAAAUUUUGGUAUGCAAAUUUAGUGUGUUUCUUUUGUAUAUUAUUUUUUGAACUUUCAAUGACAUGGAAGAAUACCAAUAGAGAUAUCAUGCUAAGUCACAACUAUUAUUUGAUAACAGUAGUAUUAAUCAACGUUGCAACCAGUUAUUUUGAAGAGCUAUUCAAUCGUUUAAAUUGGGUCCAUGGUAGACUAUUAGAUAAAGAUCAAAGAGAAACCGAACAAUUGGUAGCUGAAAUUCUUCCAAAAGAUAUUGUAGAAACCAUGAAAUCUGGUAGACAACUAAUUGUCGACGAAUUUAAACAAGUUACCAUCUUUUUAUCUGAUAUUGUUGGCUUCACUGAAAUGGCUGCUCGUAUGUCACCAAGACAAUUGGUCGAAACACUAAAUCAAAUCUACUCUACCUUUGACGAAAUUGCCGCUGAAUUUGGCGUAUUAAAAGUAGCUACUAUUGGUGAUGCCUAUUUGUGUGUAUCAGGAUGCCCAGAGAAAGACCACACCGAUCAUGCCUUUCGUGUUGCAAAUAUGGCCAUUAAAAUGUUGGAGUCAAUUAAAUCAAUUAGAACAGUCGAUAAUAUACCUGUAAGAAUGAGAAUUGGUAUUCAUACUGGUCCUGUUAUUGCUGGUGUUGUCGGUAUUAAAAUGAUCCAUUAUCAACUAUGGGGUGAAAGUGUACAAAUAACUCAACAAAUGGAAAAUACUGGUAAAGCUGAUAUGAUACACGUUAGCGAAGAUACUUUUAACAUAUUAAAAUCAAAAUACCUCUUUGAAGAACGUCCAGAAGGUAUUAUCAAGAAGAGAAAAAUCAAAACCUACUUUUUACUUAGAGCUUUAAAUGAAAAUGAUCCAGUACCUGAAGUAGUAACAAGAACAAGAUCAGUUUCAGUUUCAAAAAAUGCAAUUGGUGGUACAUUACAAUUUAAAGAGCAUCAACAAUUAACACCACUAUUAAAAGAAACCACAACCGAAAAAAACAAAGAAAUUGAAGAAGAUGAUAAAGAAGAGAGUGAAGAAGAAGAGGAUGAAGAGGAUGAGGAAGGGGAUGAAGAUGAAGAUGAAGAGGAAGAGGAAGAAGAAGAAGAGGAAGAGGAUGAAAAUGGUGAAAGUAAUGAAAGUAAUGAAAAUAAUGAAGGUAACGAAAGUAAAGAAAGUGAUGAAUAUAAUAGCGACAAAGUUGAAAAUGAAGAAAAUGAAAUGGAAGGAGAAUGGGCCAAAAAUUAUGUUGAUUCAGAUUCAAGCUCGGAUAAAUAA